ACUUUAAAUACCGAUGACAGCCCAGGAUGGAGGCAGUUCUAGCCAAGUAUGAGAAUCAAAUUAACGUGUUCUUGGAAGACUUGCCAGACACAGAUGAGCCAGUAUGGAUCUUGGGAGCAUGUUACAAUGUUAAAACAAAUAAAUCGGAGUUGCUCGCAGAUGUGCGAUCACGACUGUGGUUCACAUAUAGGAAAAAGUUUUCUCCCAUAGGAGGAACAGGCCCGUCAUCAGAUGCAGGCUGGGGCUGUAUGCUACGUUGUGGACAGAUGAUCCUCGCUCAGGCUUUAGUAUGCAGGCACCUUGGACGAGAUUGGCAAUGGUAUCCAGAGAAAGCUCAGCCCAAAGAUUAUCAUCGUAUCUUAAACUGCUUUCUAGACAAGAAGGACAGCUGCUACUCCAUCCACCAGAUGGCUCAAAUGGGAGUCGGAGAGGGCAAGUCUGUUGGAGAAUGGUACGGACCAAACACAGUGGCACAAGUGCUCAAGAAACUUGCCCUGUUUGAUGAUUGGAAUUCUUUGGGUGUAUAUGUGUCAAUGGACAACACGGUUGUAAUUGAGGACAUAAAGAAACAGUGUCAGCAGCCAGGGCAGGAGAGCAGGCCCAGGGCUGGCCCCUGUGGCUGGGAUGACAUCUCUAUGUCCGGCCAGAGCUGUUCAGAGGGUCAGGAAAGGGCCCAUAACCCUGCUUCACAAGGGCCCCUGGACUGGAGGCCCCUGCUGCUGAUCAUUCCUCUCCGUAUGGGCAUCAACACCAUCAACCCUAUCUAUAUCCAGGCCCUAAAAGAGUGUUUUAUGAUGCCUCAGUCAUGUGGUGUUUUAGGAGGAAAGCCCAACCUGGCCUACUAUUUUAUUGGAUUUAUUGAUGAUGAGUUGAUCUAUCUGGACCCUCAUACCACUCAGCAGGCAGUGGAGUGUGACUCAGGAAGUGCAGUGGAUGAUGGGAGUUAUCACUGUCACAGAACUCCUCACCGCAUGAAAAUCACAAGCCUGGACCCUUCUGUCGCACUGGGUUUUUUCUUUAAGAGUGAGGAGGACUUUGACAGUUGGUGUGACCUGGUUCAACAGGAGCUCCUAAAGAAAAGAAACUUGCGGAUGUUCGAGCUGGUAGAGAAACAUCCCUCACACUGGCCUCCGUUUGUUCCCCCCACCAAACCAGAGGUGCAGACCACUGGAGCAGAGUUCAUUGAGUCCCCAGACAAGUUGUUUGAGUCAGAGGAAGAAUUUGAGAUCCUAAACGUGUGAUCUCCGCCCACUCGGCUCAAUCAACCAACGAGAGUCCAGGAUGAGGAGGCGUCAUGAGCGUUCCUCUGCUCCACACCGCACAAGUGCCUCGGAUCAACACCAAGCGCAACACGGUGACAAUAAGCAAAAAUAAGUAGAUGAUAGCAACACCACAACACAUAAAACGACAGCCAUGCCAAGACUAAAUGAGCUUGUGCUGUGCUUUUAAUUGUAACAGGAAUAAACCAAGCCAAGGAUCCCUGUAGCAACUUGUGAUGUUUAGCCUCAUUCAGAAGUCAUUUAAGAGACUUGUGUUUUUAUUAUUAAAAGAACAGAGGACUGUGGAGUUGCAUGUACUUUAUCAUACUGUAUCACGGAGCAGUGAAGACCAGCAUGAGGACGAUUUUUUCACAACCUCAACACUCUCUACCUCCUGAUCGCAGGAGAUGACGAAUAUGCAGACAUCUUUUAUUCAGUGUUAUUCAAGGAAAAAAAUGACAACCUUAUUGGUUUAAAAAGUGCCUCUCUCUCUUUGACAUAUUUAUGUAUCUGUCUGGUAACGGUGAUGUUUUCCUUCCCUUUUACCAUGUAAUACUUAUUUCACCCUCCCCUGCACACAUGUAAAUAUGGCUUCAAAUUAAGAUAUUUAAAUAUGUUUAGCAAGUUUUGGAUUGCUUCUGUCACUUUUUUAAAAGAAUAAAUAGUGAAGG